CGUGAGCUAGCAAGUUAGCUGUACUCAUUUUCGGCUAAACGAAGUUUCUGGAUUUCUGACUUUAGAGGUAAAUAAAAAUGAUCAGUUCCUUCUAAAAGUAAAUUGAGUGACUUCUUACGGACAUAUUUUUCGGUGAGCAGUAAGAGCAGGUAUGGAGAAAUCUGAUGUGAUAAAUUUCAGCUCUCUUGAAAAAGAGCUACAAACGGCGCUGGAAGCGGACAGGAAAUAUCAGAGGGAAAAUGAUGCCAAAUUUCGUGCUUUGAACCAAAAUGUCGCCAGCUAUGAAGAAUUCAGGGACAUAGUACUCGCAUCUCACUUAAAGCCUCUUGAUAGAAAGGACAUCUCUGGUGCACCCCGAAAACAGCCGUGGAAUCCAAUUGCUUUUGAGACAAAGCAUGAAAGUGCUUCAACUGAAGAGUUCCAGCCGCUGUUAUCUGAGAUACUGCCAAGAAAUGCAUCAGAAUUCAUCCGUGGCUGGCGCAAGUUUGCAGGGAGCUCAUUUGAAAAGUACAGUCUGCUUGUGAGUCUGGGAGGCAAGGCUCUGCGGGAAAUCUUCAGCACUGAGGUUGGCUUUGGUCUUCUAGGCGAGUUCUUUCUGAUUCUGUCACAGUGUCUUAAGUCAGGAGAUGAGGAAAAAGUGAUUGGAGUGCUGGACGGCCUUUCCAGAACUGGUCGUUUUGGCCUGAACCAGACUCUUCUUAGUAAGGCAGAACAAAACGCCUGUGAGGAACUUUUCCACAAGCUACAAGUUGCAGGAGGAGAAUAUCAUACUUCUAAAGAUGAUUCUUCUGACACUUCAAUGGUUUGUGAGGCCAGUCUGACACAUGUGGAGGACGAUGAGACUGACAUUACAAUAAAACUUAAAGGGUUAAUGGGGAAAUAUGGUAUCCAAAACUAG